AUGGCGUCCCAGAUCACAACUCAAAUCUGGAGUGGAAACAACGGCGGAUAUGUCGAAAACGUCUACCCCCUGAAUGGUAUACUGGAAAGAGAUGGUGAUGAAUACUUCGCCGCCAACGAUGCUUUAGAGGGGUUAAAUGCUUUCAUCUGGACUCGCAACACUAUAGAUCACGAGACUGGAGACAUCUACCGAAAUUCAUUCACGACGAGCGCGCAUGCGAGCACCAAUGGGAAUGCCGAGAACCGAGACUACAUGGAGAUUGCAUGGAGAGAGCGAAUAAAAUCUCGAGAUAUCUCACGAAUACCCUCCGGGGCACUGAAUCGCAACGAAUCUUCACCAGCUUCUUCACUAGAAGAGAACGAGAUGGAGCACGUCGCUGGAAUGUUGAUUGUGGGGGUAGACUCCGAUCAGGUCAUGAGCGACGCAUCGUUUUCCUCUGCGCAGGAUGGGGACGAAGCGGAUGAUUGA